UUUUUUAUCGCCUUUUCCAGAUCUUCGCACAGGCGCUACUCUCCAUGCUCUCACAAUACAUUUACCUCUUGUCUUGAUUCAAACAUCAACAAUUAUAUGUUGAUUGACCAUCCUUACUUAACAUGGAAAAUCACGAGAUGAAUUGUUUUUCCACGCUACAAAAACAUUACAUGUGUCCUUGUGCUAAAACAACACAAUGAAUUUGUAAUCUAGUGUUACUUGAUUAUGUUGUCCACUAGAUAUAAGGAGUGAGUCUUUUUAUGUUAAGUAUUUGGUACUUAAGUUACGGAGACACAAACAUGGAAUGGGAUGUUGAGAAAGGGUUCAGUUUGUUAACGUAUACCAUUAUUCAGACUAGAGACUAGUUUCUGUAGAAAUCGAGUAUACUUGAUUUUAGACUAGUAUGGCAGGGAUAAGAUUUUCACAAGGCUUGUCGCGGCACAUCACUAUGAUGUGUAGACUUGGCUUUAUUCGACGUGCAACUCACUUCCUUAUUUAGUUUUCGUUGUUUUUGAGAUUGAUUCGUUAUGUAUCACCACGGUUGGAAUAUUCUUCUACCAACUGGGCUGUUUUACUUCUGUGUAAGGCAACAAUAAAUUCAUUGAAGUACUUCGUAGUUUGUCUUGCCAUUACCAACCUAGAUCUCAAACUAUACAUUCCAGUGAGUUAGAAUAUAGAAUUAGGAACAAAAUGUUUCCUAUCACUCUUUAUCCACUUCUGUCAUACUUCUUGUACUUCGAUGAAUCGGCUUGCAAAUAUUUUAUUGGAUCAAUGUUUAUGUAUCUCUUUCCUAUAUGUAUUGUAGUUCUUGUUCUCUUUUUUUCCCUUUUAUUUUUCACCCUUUUGCCUUUACGAACUAAAUCCAUAGACAAAAGCUUGUGUGUUCCGCUAAUCUGUUUCAUUGGUCGUUUCGUAUUCGAAAUACACCAUUACUGAUAUACUUUUCUUCUCGUCACAUUUUUAAGGGUUCGGGCUCUAUGCAAACAGUCUGUUCACUUUAUAAAUGUUUACACAGUGAUCUAUUAUGAUAAUCAGAAGUAUUUGAAUUGUAGUAUAAACUAGUAAUCCCAGGAAUGACGCAAUUUAAUCAAGAAGUACAAGAUGAGCACAAACGAAUGUAUUGUAUUUGGAAUUCAAAAUUACAAGAGUCAUCAAUACAAACAAGUCAUUGAUUUAUUUAAACAUCACAUCCGCCACAGUUCGAAUUGGAGUGUCCUCUAAAUCCUUUGGUCAAUUUUCUGUGGAUUCACAUAGACCCAAAAUAACCAAAUCAUGGAGUUUACGGGACAGUUUGUUUAGUUCGAGACGUGGUCGAGGGUCGAUUUCGGAUACUCAUGAAUGGCAGUAUAUCGCCCCAAAGCUGUAUCAGUUGGAAGAUCAGUUUCAUCAUCCAGCUUCAAAAUGUGAUGUUUGGCGUUCUCUUUGCCCUCAAGAAUUACCCGAUGCAGCUGUUUAUCCUACAAUGCCUGUUUACAAUUUGUCCAAUAAAGUCUUUGCCUCAUCUACAGGUCCCAAAAAGGGUUUGUUAGCAGUGAAAAAGUGGUGUGGGUCAAAGGACAGUCACAAUGUCUAUCAUUCCAACUACUGGAAGACAAUAGAGAAUCGAAAAGCACAUGGAAUAUCUGUUUCUCUAUACGAAAAAAACAUAAUUACUGGAAAACCGAAUGGUGGUCCCAUUGCUGAUGCUUUCGUUGUACGAGCUCGACAUGAUUCUGCUUAUUUAGCUGUGGCCGAUGGUGUAAAUUGGGGCAACGAAUCAAUGAAAGCUGCUAGGUCGGCAAUUUCAGCUAUUUACACCUAUUUAGAAUCUCAUUUAUUUGGUCACAUGAAAGAGAAACACAUCAUUAAAGAUACAAGAGAUGCUGCUCAAUUAUUAUUUGAAGCGUUUUCGUUUGCCCAAGACGAAAUUGUUUCCGUCACCACUGGUCUUACUACUCUUUGCGUUGCACUAAUUUUACCGGUACUAACAACUACAACCCAUGAAUCACAUAGAUUAACAAAUGAACAAGCUUCAGCAUAUGGCAAAUCUCAAUUUUCUGUUGUAAUAGCAAGCGUUGGUGAUUGUCAAGCAUUUCUUUUAAGUAAGUUUCAUGGUAUCCGUGAAAUAACCGGUUGGGUAAGAACAUCUAUAUUGUCAUCUGAUAAUUUAUCAACACAAUCAAAUGAACAAAGUAAAUUGGAGAAAGUACUUGGACCACCUGUACGGGAUUUUCGAGAUACUGGUGGGGCAUUGGGUGCUGUGUAUAAAAAUGGCAAUCCAGAAUUACACAAUCUUAUAUGUGCUGUAACACUUUGUGAUCCAGGUGAUAUAGUUCUAAUUGGAUCAGAUGGACUAAUUGAUAAUUUCGAUCCAGUUAUUACACAACUAGCUGUUCCUGAAUCACCGCAUUUAGAUUUUGUUGAUGAAGAGAAUGAACACGAAGGACAAGAAGGUGAUGAGGAGGAAAGUUCCUCCACUGAUGAUCUAGGUAUUCAAGAAGUAAACAAUAACAAUAACAAAAGUUCUGUCAAAAGUACUUCAUCUUUAUCUUCGGAUUCUUUGAAGUGUAAUUUUAAUAAAUCGCCAACUUCACCAUUAUGUCGUCCAUCCAAAUCAUUGCUACAUAAUUCCCCUUUAACACCACCACCUCGAGUAAGUAUUUGGCCACAACCACCACCCCCACCAAGUGAUCCAACGAAAUUAACUUAUACAACUGUUACAAAUAUCAGUACUAAUAACAGUAAUUAUAAUAACAAUAAUAAUAAUGCAAAUGAUAACAAUGAAACUGAAACAAUUUAUGCACAUCAAAUUAACUUCACCAAUCAACUUGAAUUAAACUGGUAUGAACGUAGAAAAUAUGCAGCGAAAGAAUUAGAACGUGUAUGGCAUGAAUUAGAUAUUAGUACGGAGAAUGCUAAUAAUAAAAAUGGCACUUUUAGUUCCAAAGAUUUAUGUGAGGCACUCAUUAAUCAUGCAUACAGAAUUACAACAAAACGUCGUGAAUGGUUAGAGAAUCCAGAUUAUGCACAUUUAAGACAAAAUCAAACUGUAGUACAAAAUAAUAAUAGUGAUAACAAUAAUAAACAUUCUGAUAAUACUUGUUCAACUGAUUCACAAAGAAAAUGGUUUAACGAUAUGCUUAAACGUAUGCCUGGUAAGUUAGAUCAUGCAACUAUAGUUGCCUAUGAAGUUGGAGUUUAUCAUGGUAAUGAAAAUGAAGUAUAUGAAGAGACAGCUCAUCGAUUCCUAGCCGCAAACAACUCGAACUCUCCAACUAAUCAUUCAGUUAUAACACAUUCAGAGCCAUAAUAAUAAAAUAACUUAAGAAAAAGCACACUAUACUUGUACAUGUAAUAAGUAAUCUCAGAUAUGAGAUAUUCCCAUUUACAUUUAUGUCAUAAUUUAUUAUUUACUUAUCUUUUUAUUUAUUUUUAUGAAUAGUUCUCAAUUUUCUUUUUGUAUAGAUAUUUGUAUUUUCCGUGUUGUUGUUUAUCUUCUCAUCAUAAAAUAGGUUACUGUGUUGAAAGGUGGUUAUUAUUCUCUACCAAAUUGUGAGUAUUUAUGUCAUUGUUAACUUUUAUCUAUAAAUAUGAAUAAGGUCAUAUUAUAUAAUAUAGACACAAAUACAUGUAUAUCAUAUCUUCAUUCAAUGUUUCAAUCCCAACACGAAUCAAUGUUCUUUUCUAUAACUACGCUUAUAUGAUUAGUUUACAUUUUUUUCUCUUCACAAAAGCACCUUAUGUUACUUAUUUUUGUUAUGUACAGUACAUUGUAAGCUUUUAUGCUAAGUAUUUUAAAAAAAUGAAUUAUUUAUGUAUUCUAGAAUGAUGUCUUCAAAUGUGGGCUUAUUUCCCAUAAUGAUCAUUGAUCACCACUAUAUCUGUACUUGUUUAGUACAUUCAUUUCAUAAAUCAGUUUUUGAUUUUGAAAUAAAGAUGACAAACAAGGGAAUAGGAGCUUUGUUAGUCUAAAUAGAUAAGUUAAAACUGAGUGAAAAUUUUAAAGUUGAAUUUGACUUGAAUAACAUAAUAUCUAAGUUUU